AUGGCAGCCUUUGUGGCCACCGGGUCCCUUCUGAUAGACCAUGACCCUGGCACAGUUCGACUAACAUACCACAUCACAUUUCAGGAAGGUCGCUUUGCCUUGAUCCACAUUCCUCUCGAGUAUUAUCCCUUCUUCCUACAGCCGAUCCAGCGACUUCUCUUCGGCGAAGACCACGAUGAGGAUGCCUUCAAGAUUCCUUGGCCAUAUCGACAUAAUUUCCUAAACGUCUCCAUUACUCCUAUCGAAUGCUCCAUCGUUUGCUCUAGAGAUCUAGCAACAAGGUUUUUCCGACCACUGGUUGAACGCUUCGCCGAUCUCCUUGGAGGUGGUGAUCAGAGCGAUCAUGUCCAGAUCUCCCCGGAAGAUUUUGCAGUUAUCCAGGUAGAUGGUCAGGGCCUAGAUGCUGGACAAAGAGUCCUGGAAUUAACGUCCCCUCUGGCAUUGGCUGGGAUCUCCAUCUUCUUCCAAACUACUUACUUCUCCGACUACAUUCUUGUCCCUCACAAAAGCAUCCACACCGUCAUACAAACCCUUGAACAGAGAGGCUUCACAUUCUCACCUUCUGCAGCUGCAUAUGUCUCCCAUUUGUCGCCUUCAUCGCCCAUCACGCCUCGACACAGUCAUCACUCUUCCACAGGCAACCCGUUCGAUUUUCCUGGCAGCUCAAGCGCACCAAGUACUCCUCCGGCAUCGAACAUCGAUGAGUUGCGAAAGCAGACCUUCUCUAAGCUGAAACGUGCCGGUAUAGUGCCUGACGUUGACAGGAGCAUCCGUCUCCUCUCCUGUGCUGCGCGCAAGGAAACGAACAAGGUUCUUAUUGCUCAGCUCCGUGAUGACCUGCUCCAAGUCCUUCUUGCAACCUGUCCCGGAACGAAUACUCAUCAUAAAAAUGACAAUCAAGCCCCCAAAUUUUCAACACGCUUCCUUUCGCUCACCUUGACGUCCGAGGAACCAAUCUCACUUCUUCUGGAAUCAUCACUCCUGUCCAACCCAAACCUAGCACUUGCAUCAACCCUUCUUUUCUCACGAUCAUCAACCUCAUACAGGUCGGAUGAUGAAGGAAGUCCAGGAGCAGGAAAAAACGUCCUCAUUCCUAUCACUCUUGACCUGCGCGAUCUCCCUCUGGAGGCAACAGGCAUCAUAUGUGGUGUUGCUGGUUGUUUAGCUCAAGUCACCACCCAUAGCGACCAUUAUAAGGAUGGCCGGAUUCGCAUAGACGACGACGGGAAGAAUCUCAGCCCAAAAACUGUUAACACUGAAUCCUUCAUGAAACAAAUCGAAGUAAGACCAGGUUCUGCUGGUGAGGCCGAAGCACAAGACAAUGCGGUUGAAAUAUCCUUUCUUUCGACAGCACGAGCCGGGACAGUGAUUGUUCGAGAAAGAGAAUUGGAACGGGCGAUCCGAGCUCUGGAGUUUGGUGCCGAGAUGGUCAGCCCUCCUAGAGUGGGAAACACAGAGAUUUGA